GUGGCACAAAUCUUGUGAAUCCACAGCUGAAGUUGGCCCGACCGAAGCCGACACUGCACAGUGUAGAGCGUCUUAUCACCUUCUUUGUUGCUGUGCAUCUCUAUCCAGAUUCUUAAUCUUCCGGGUUUGAUAGAAUAUCAAAGAGGUCUGGUUCGUAGUGCAGAGUGUUGUAAGUGGAGCGUGAUCGGCAAUUAACGACCACUGACCCUUCUCUAGUCCCUCUCGAUUGUUCUGGCAUCUCCAGUUGGAUCCCCGAUCGCGCUGAAUUUGGUGGUGGUUUCUCAUAAAAGACUUGUCAUUCAUGAAUAGCUCAGCCUCGAUGGGCACGGUGUUUUCGUUGACGCUGUAAUUAGAUUGGUCGAAGGGGAGUUUGGUGUCCUGUCUUUUCGACCUCUUUUACGACUCCGUGCAAUCAUGAGAAGACAAGUUUCCAGCUCGGGGUUAUACCGUCACUUUCUAACCAGAAACUUGGAAAAUGGAGCCGAGAAGUCUGUUCGAGCCCUAAAUUCUUCUGCGCAGUUUUCUUCGACGUCUAGAUUUCCCGAUUCUCCAGGUGCUCCUCAAAUUGCACACCCUGAUCGGAAUUCGGGAACUUCUCAGGGCCUACUGUCUUUUUUCCAGCCCGUCAGAUGUCUGGAUUCGUCCGCCCGCCCCCGUCAUGUAGACUCUGUUCCUCGUUCGUCUGUCAUCGAAACGCGGAGGAGGUCGUUCGUUGCAACUGCGGGCAAUGAGAAGGGGCCGAGCAAGAAAUGCUGGGCUUGUGAACAUGACAUUUUGGGCGGGAGCGGUUUGUUUUGCCCCUCCUGCGAUGGCAUACAACCGCUAGACUUGUCCGUGGACCACUUCACAAUCUUCGGAAUCGAACGGAGUUUCAAAGUGGACUCGAAAGAGUUGGAACAGAGAUACAAGAGUCUACAGAAGAAGCUGCAUCCAGAUCUCAUGAGCUCCAAGUCCCAGAAAGAACAAGGAUACUCAGCGGACCAGUCGUCUCAUGUAAUUCAAGCAUAUUUCCAAUUACUCAAGCCUUUGUCCAGAGCACGAUAUUUGUUGGGACUUCAUGGAAUCAAAGUUGAUGAGGAGGGGACAAUUGAUGACCCCGCUCUUCUGAUGGAGAUAAUGGAGAUUCGUGAAUCGCUUGAAGACGUAUCCGAUGCCAAGGAACUUCAGAAGCUGCAAGCUCAAAAUGCUUUGAGGAUACAGGAUACGGAAAAGGUUUUAGAAAAGACAUUUGCAGCUGGAGACUUAAAAAAAGCCGUUUCGUGGGUGCAGCGCCUGGCGUAUUACAACAAGGUCGAUGAAGAGAUUGUAAGAAAACUCUAGUAACCUAAUCAGUAUCUUGUACUAAUAUGAAGUCGGCUGAAGAAGAGCACUUUGAUUUUCCUUGUUCACUAAGAUCAGAAGUUCUGUGACCUUCUCAACGAAGCUUCAUACAAAAGAAGGCCUCUUAAUAAAUCGAAACACGCCAAUUGUAAAACAUUUGAGAUGUAGUAGGACUCUUUAAGUCAUAUUCUGACUGGUGGUUCUAUGUAUAAGAAACAAAUGUUUCUUCAGCUUUUUCACUGUUCUCUUUCACGCGUCCUUUUAUUGUACAGUCGUCUACGAGUUCUUAUGUCCUGACAUUUUCAGAUGUUUAUUAUACUCUAGGAUCGACCUUCAGGCUACUAGGUCGCUUGCUCAUCGCUGACUGCUUUCUGUACCUUUGUUACCUCUGGAUCUCGCAUAUUCUUCUGAAUCAUUUUGUAGACCUUAUGUCAUUAUGUUUGGAUGAGAAAUUUGACUUUUUAAGAUAAUUCACUUGUCGACGUGCUUCCUGGCAUACUAAGAUCACUAAGAUGGUGAGCUUGUUAGAACACAUGUCUGUCUUCAUCUGAAACUAUGCUGAUAUUCGCAUGAGUCACUGCAGAGGUUUAUUUUUAUUGACCUCCUUCAGCUCAGAAGAGUUCCAAGAUGUACUCGGUUUGACAGCCGACUUUUUAAAGUUUGACCACUCGUGACCUCGCUAUUCGUGAGUUAGACCUAGCAGAUGAAGUAAAGUUCCACUGUUCAUGAAGGUGCUGGUCUAUAUCACAAUGUUAUUGUUGGCUCAGUGCUCCGACCUGAUCUGCACGCAGGUUUUGCUGGAAGGUUAGUUAAGUUCUUUUCAUGCAAACUGAAGCCGAGAUUCACUGGUAUGAAUCAUUGCAUGCAUUGGUGUCUACAGCCUUGAUAAAACCCAUCGAAGCACGACUAGCACGAGUUUCAUAACAGUUCAGACCUGAAGAUGCAGGAACCUUUCGUACGUCGAUCUUGAGCAGCUCUGAGUAUCAAAGGAUGCGUUGAAUUGGGCUCUUUUACUGGUUAAGAAGGUUAUCAAGCACGAUCAAAGAGUUCUCAGUUCCUUUGUAACAAAACGAUAUACUCUUUCUUCUCAGAGUCCAGGACGUAACUACAAACGCGUUCAGAAAGUUACUUAGAUGACCUCGAAAGACAUAAAACUCUGCUAAUAUUUGAGUUUAAACCUGAAAGAUAGUCGUAGAGGACGGUGCCGGAAGCCUUGGAGGUCUGUACUCCGGCUAGACAAUACUCCGGUUUUACGACUGGCAGAUGCAAACCCAGCUGAGAGUGCUAUAAAGAAGGCUUCACUUAGAGCAUUGUAAGAGGUAGCAGUUAUUCAUGCUGCGCGGAAGUGAAAAAGAAGGUGGAAACGACGGAUUGAAAUGGAAGGAUUUGAAGGAAAACUUGAGAGAUUCCUGGUUGCACCAGGAAGCAAAAUGCCGCGUAUGUAAUAGCUUGUGGCCCUCGACACAACUACAUCCUCGACUAAAGACGUGUUCUUAUCAGAUCAGACUGGAGACUCAUGAGCAUCUGUUGCAUAUUUGUCAACCAAUUUGUCCCACAAUGAAGAGACCUUACACUCGUGAAACAUAAACGUGCCCUAGCAAAUGCUGACAGAAGCAGAUAUUAUGCAGAUUAUAAAUGUCAACAGAAACCACUCCGGGAGACUAUCUUUUGACUACAUCCUGCUGUCAAUGUGAGAGAAACUAAAGGAACCAUUGCUCUAUGUUUUGUUAUGUUAACCAACGUCAUGUACCUAUGG